AUGUCAUCCCCAAAGGAUCUGUCUGCCUUUAUAAAUGAGGACCUGCUUGACUUCAUCCUCAAGGAUGAUGUGCCUGGCCCUGAACUCCCAGAGGUGGAGAACGAUCUGAUGCAAGACUGGAGCAUGCUAGAGGAUAAGGUCCUAGACAAAGAGAUAGAUGACUUCCUCAACUCCUUGAUGACCUUUGCAGAUGAACCAGGCACACUACUGGAUUGUUUGCCUGCCAACAGUGACAGCAGCAUUUCUGAGGGUCAGCUUCCGUCCUGUAGCCCUGAUAGCAACCUUGCCAGCAGCUCUUGGAGCUCAGGCGUUGUGCAUGCUGAUCACAACUAUUCCCUCCAUGCACAUUGGCCUGUGCUGGAAAGCACGAUGUCUGACAUGGCACAAGGAGGUGCUUCUGUCGACCUUGGGACAGGGAUGGGUUUGGAAGGCAUAAGCAAGGCACUGGAACAGGAACAGAGCUCCAGUUUGCCCGUUGCUGUGGACGCCGGACCACAGCUUGCACAGUCCACGUUCCCAAGGCUGGUCCUUACAGAGGAGGAGAAGCAGCUCCUGGCGAAAGAAGGUAUUUCAUUGCCAACCCAUAAGCCACUGAACAAGACUCAAGAGCGGCUUCUGAAGAAAGUGCGUCAGAGGAUCCGGAACAAGCAUUCAGCCUCUGAUAGUCGUCGCAGGAGGAAGAUGUAUGUGGAUGACCUGGAACGCAGGCUGGAAGCCUGCACCGCUCAGAACCAGAAGCUGGAGAAGAAGGUGGAGCUGCUGCAGAAGCAGAACAUGUCACUGCUGAAGCAGUUGCAGAAACUGCGGGCCUCCAUGAGACAGUCCAAAACCAGAACUACAAUAACAACCUGCGGCAUGGUCGUGGUUCUGUCCUUAUGCCUCACGGUCCCACCCAGCCUCUGCUUGCCUGGGAGGAGGGAGAGAAAGCUGGAGAUCAGGGUGCAGACACAGCGCAUCCGCAAGGUCCCGAACCAGGCAGCACCUGAUGUGCAGGAGGGUGCUGUGGCUGAGGAGCUCAGCUCACAGCCGGAGGAACCCUCGACAUCUGGCAGCCUCAGUCCCUCCGGGGAAGAGGGGCAGAGUGCUCCCAAGACGGAUGCCAGAUCUUCUGUCAACAGCAACUCGUCCUCCGACCCUCCGAUGGCAGAAGGCUCUGAGCCGGGCCGUCCCCAGCCUCAGGAGCAGCAUGUCGAGAGCGGCCCUGUGCAAACAGUGGUGUCGAUGGUGUGGAAGAACGGGUCGCAGGAGGAAAGGCAGCACGCUGCCACGGUUGUCAUUGAGCAUCACCGUGCCAAUGGGAUGUGA